AUGAAGCCUCUGACGCGGAAGGAGUGGACGGCCAUCGGCGGCUACAACGCGUUCCUGGCGACCAAGCUGCCGCCGGAGCACCGCAUCUACGACCCGGACAAGGAGACGGUCGACUCCGGCAUGUCGACGUUCCUCACGGCGUUCCCCAGGGGCUUCGCCAUCGAGGUGCUCGACGUGUACAGCGGCCCGCCAAGGGUCACCUUCAAGUUCCGGCACUGGGGUUACAUGGAGGGGCCGUUCAAGGGGCACCCCCCACACGGCCAGCGCAUCGAGUUCUUUGGCGUCUGCAUUUUCCACGUUGACGAGGAGAUGAAGGUGGAGAAGGCGGAGUACUUCUACGAGCGCGGCAACUUCCUCGCAAGCUUCCUGAGCGCGCCUGCUGCUGCAUCGGCUUCGGGUUGCCCUGUGAUGAGAGGAAACUGA